GGAUACACAAAAGUGCUUGCGUUGGCCGACUUUUUGGUGACACUAAGAGACAAGGCCACAAUGACCACAGCACAAGUUCAGCAACUGAAAGAACUGUGGUCAGCACUUUCGGAGUAUGACAGGAAGAGGACAGUUUUCCCACCUCGGUUCUCUAAAGAUCCAGUACAGGGAAGAUUCAGACACAAACAGAAGAAAGUUGCUCCAGGAGUAAAGAGUAUUGAGAGGGUGAUUCUGGGCCCAAAUCAAAGUCCUGCCCAGUGGCCAAACUGCAAUCGCUACACUGAGGCAACUGUGGAAAAAUUGCUCCAGAUUUACCCAAGUGACCAGAGAAGAGAUGGCAAGGUGGUUUUCACAAAAUGGAAUGCAGUCCUUGGGGCCUACCACAACAUUAGGAAGACCAUUUUGAAUAACCACCUAGCAAUGGAGUCAACAGAUAUCCAGCUUCCUCUCCUUAACAAAAAGACACUUCAGCAGUGGUUCAAUGAGAAGAGUAAGGAACAAGACAAGAAGGUCCUUCUCCAGGGACUUGUGCUGCCUACACCUACUAUGACUGUUGCUAGGGCACCAGAGGCAGUUUCUAAACCCAUGUCUCUACCUUCAGGCAGUACAGAACCAUUCUCAUUCCAUGACCCACCUUCAACAAUUGGCAUGGCUAAAUUGAAGAGCAGACCAAGGAAACCAGCUUCCACAUUCACUCCUUCAGUGGCUCCUAUUCUCCCUCAUCCUACUCCUAGCAACCCUGGGAUCACCUUUCAGUUGGUGAUCCAUAGUGGUAACUCUACAGUUUUGCUUCCAUCCAGCCAUAUUCCAUACUCUACAGAGCAGUACAGGAAAAGGAAACAGGAGCAGGAAGAGCUAGGAAGGCCAAAGAGGAAGUAUGUAAGAACAACCACUGCAGUCAAGUGUGGAAAAUGUGGUGAAGACAGGACCCUGCCAAACCAUCAGCAGUACAUGGGGUACCGAUACUGUGCCAAGAAGGAUGAAGUGUCUUUUAAAGAUUGGAGAGAAAAGUUGCAGAAGAGUGGAGCAGCAAGAAAGAAGAAGACCUGAAUAUGAUAAAGAACAACAUUGGACAGAAAUACAUGUAUCGCAGAAAGGAUUUACAUUUGGUGGCCAAAAGUAGUAUCCCAACUUAAACUCAUGAUGAUUUGGACUAUUUUGGACUUGUGCUUCAUAAAUUCUUGGGAAUUCCUGGACUUAACAUAAAUGGUAAAUUUGGUUAAAGUUUAACAUGGUUUCACUUUACAUUAUUUUUGGACAUAUACUUUCAAUUCUGAGGAUAUACAAAAAGGAUCUACAUUUGGUUACCAUAAGGAAGU